AUGGCCGAUAAUGUCUCCAACGGAGUCACUUAUGAAGACAUGGCGAUCAAUCUACUCCGGACACAGUUGGAGCUAUCACUUGUAAGGGAGGAGAUUGCAAACGACAUUCGUGAACUACGAUGUAGCGUCACUAGAGACUUGGACGCCCUAAACCAUGAAGUCGAUUAUGUUAGGGCAGGUCAGCUCGAUCUGACUAACAUGGUUGCUAAUUUGAAGAACCAUUUAUGUUCACUACAAGCAUCAUAUGUAAACAUCGUCUUGGGUAAAAACAAGUGCAACAAAGUCAAAUGGGUUUUUGGGGUUUUUGAUGCCGCUGUUGUGGGGGUGUUAACCUACAAGUUCUUAAAAUGA